CACGCGGGGGAGGCGGAGUCUCGGCAGUCCUGGCAGGGCCGCCAUUUUUGCACAGGGAAAAGAGACUGCUUUUGAAGGGAUCUAAUUUCUAAAAGUCGCUCUUGAUCAGCGUAUAGUUUUUUUUUAACGGUUCCCCUCUCGAUCCUUGCACCCAGACUGUGCAGCACUAGAGGCGGGGGUUUUGACAGCGGGGAAAGGACUAUUUCCGGAGGACCAGGGAAAUCCAAACCUUUUAGUAUAGCUUUGCUAGUGAUCCGCAGUGUGUGGACACAAGUAUUGUUUUGGUUGUGGAGGCUGUGUGGAGAGCGGCGAGGGUCUUGCCCUGGACCCGUAUUCGCUACCCCUCGACGUGGACAUAAAACGGCCUUGUGGAUGCACUUAGAUGUCUGCAAUGACUGCUGUGGCUGGCAUGCCUCAGUGUUUUGGACUCCCAUUCUCUGGACUCAGUAGGACAAGAACUGAUCAGCAGAGAACGUCAUGAGCAUAGUCAUCCCAGUAGGGGUGGACACAGCAGACGCCUCGUUCCUGGACAUGGCUGCAGGCUCGGAACCAGAGUCGGUGGAGGCCAGCCCUGUGGUGGUAGAAAAGUCCAGCUACCCACACCAGAUCUAUAGCAGCAGUUCUCACCAUUCCCACAGUUACAUCGGCCUGCCUUAUGCCGACCAUAACUACGGGGCGCGGCCCCCGCCCACGCCGCCGGCCUCCCCUCCCCCCUCCAUGUUGAUCCGGCAAGGAGAUGGGGGGUUGUUUGUUCCGGGGGGCCAGGACGAAGCAUCCACAGGCACCACGCUCAGCACCUCCGAGGAUGGCAGCUACGGGGCCGACAUCACCCGCUGCAUCUGCGGCUUCACCCACGACGACGGCUACAUGAUCUGCUGUGACAAGUGCAGCGCCUGGCAGCACAUAGACUGCAUGGGCAUCGACAGGCAGAACAUUCCUGAGACGUACCUGUGCGAACGCUGCCAACCACGACACCUGGACCGGGAGAGGGCCAUCUUGCUGCAGACAAGAAAACGAGAAUGUUUGUCAGUAGACGGGGACACCAGUGCCACAGAGAGUGGAGAUGAAGUUCCUCUGGAGCUCUACUCCACCUUCCAACACACGCCUACCACCAUCACCCUCACCACUGGGCGCCUUGGCAAUAAGCAGGCAGACAAGAAGCGCAAAAAGAGCGGUGAAAAGGAGUCCCCGGCGUCAUCCGCCCGAGCUAAGAAGGCCUUCCGAGAAGGAUCCAGGAAGUCCUCGAGAGUAAAGGGUGCUGCUCCGGAGCAGGACCCGACAGAGCACCCGUCUCUAUGGGAGAAUAAGAUUAAGGCGUGGAUGGAGCGCUACGAGGAGGCCAGCAGCAACCAGUACAGCGAGGACGUCCAGGUGCUGCUCCGCGUCAAGGAGCAAGGCGACGGAAAGAGCCUGGCCUACAACACACACCCGGCCUCCUUCAAACCCCCGGUGGAGAGUCAAGUUCAGAAGAAUAAGAAGAUCCUUAAGGCCGUAAGGGACUUGGCUCCAGAUUCCCUAAUCAUUGAGUACAGGGGCAAGUUUAUGCUUCGACAGCAGUUCGAGGCCAACGGGUACUUUUUCAAGAGACCCUACCCCUUUGUGUUAUUUUACUCCAAAUUCGAUGGCUUGGAGAUGUGCGUGGACGCUCGCAGCUUUGGCAACGAGGCGCGCUUCAUCCGCCGCUCCUGCACCCCCAACGCUGAGGUGCGACACGUCAUCGAGGACGGCAUGUUGCACUUAUACAUUUACUCGCUGAGGCCCAUCUCCAAAGGCGCAGAGAUCACCAUCGGUUUUGAUUUCGACUACGGCAACUGCAAAUACAAAGUGGACUGUGCCUGCGUGAAAGGCAACCCCGAGUGCCCUGUGCUCAAGCACAACCUGGAGCCCACAGAAAACCUGGGCUCUGGAGGCCGGCGCCGGGGCAGUCGCAAGGACAAGGACGCUGUGCGGGAUGACCAGGCCCAGAACCAGAACAUGGGCGUGGAUGGCGAAGGGAAGGGCAAGAGUGUGGGCGACUGCAAGCAGAGGAAACUCUCUCCUCUUCGCCUCUCCAUCUCAAACAACCAGGAUCCCGACUUAUUUGAGGAUCUAGAAGACAAAACGUCCAUUAGCAAUGAAGUAGAGAUGGAGUCAGAGGAGCAGAUUGCAGAGAGGAGGAGGAAGAUGACACGAGAGGAGAGGAAGAUGGAGGCCAUCCUGCAAGCUUUCGCCCGCAUGGAGAAGAGGGAGAAGCGGCGGGAGCAAGCGCUAGAGAGGAUCGGUAGCGUCAAGACGGAGGUCGGCGGACGCAGUGACAUCAAGGAAGAGCCGCCUGCCACUCCUGAGAUUGCAGAUUCUCCUUCUGUUAUGCAGCCUCUUCUGGAGGUGAAAGAGGAACCAGGAGUGAAGCCAGCCAAGGUCAAAGGAUCCCGCAACAGGAAAAGUUUUUCCAGGAACCGCACGCACAUCGGCCAGCAGCGGCGGCGAGCUCGCACCAUCAGCACUUGCUCCGACUUACCCCCGGGCAGUCCCGUGGAGCCCAUUGAACCUCUGAGCAGCGAAGCCCCUGAGGGCGAGCCACCCUCUCAGCCACCCGAGCCCGAGACCGUCCCCGCCCAGGUGCCCUACACCAGCCCUCCACACAGCAGCUCGCCUGCGCCCGACCGAAACCGCAGCGGGAGCAAGAACUUUAAAACGAAAAAGCACUUUGUCAGCGAGUGGGUGGGUGAGAAACAGCUGGAUCGCACCCCAGAGCCAGUGCCUGAGCGGCCCCUCCGUAUCAGCAGUGACCCCGAAGUUCUCGCCACCCAACUCAACGCCCUCCCGGGGCUAGCCUGCUCUCCGCAGGUCUACAGCACGCCAAAACACUACGUCAGAUUCUCUUCCCCUUUCCUGGCCAACCGCAGCCCCACGACCCCUGGAGUCCCGACUGGGAGACGACGGUCCAGAGAACUGCCAGAAACGCCGACCACCACCGGUUCCUGCAAGAAGCGAUGGUUAAAGCAAGCUCUAGAGGAGGAGGGGUCCACCAGCCCGGCCAGAAGACCCAGUCUCUUCAUGCCCACUGAAGGUCCUCUCAGCCCCUCCAUCAACGGAGACUCAGAUAGCCCCCUUCCUUACAACGGCUCCUGUUCACUGCCCGAGUUGCCCACGCCUUUGAAAAAGCGCCGCUUGAGUCCAUUGGACGCCUGCAUGUCUGAGAGCUCCACCCCUUACGACUCGCCUUGUGCCACGCCCACUCGAGGAGACCAAUCCGAGACAUCCGCCCCGCCCGUAUUAACGGCCACACCACCACGUCCCAGGAACGAGGAGACUGGCAUGGAGCAUUUGGCCAGCACCCCAACGCAAACACUUACCACGCCCCAGGAGAGUGAAUCUUCAACAGAAAACUCGCCCGAUGUUAGCAUGAAAGUAUCUUUGCUUGAGGCUGAGCACCCGCCUUCGUUGAUCCCGUCUCCUUCCAUCCGGGCACCAAGCUCUGAUGUUGUCCCGCCCGAAGCUAAAACCUCAGCACCCGAGUGUCCGCAGCCUCCAGCCGUUGACUCUGUGGACUUUGCAGAGGACCGGGCUGAUGCGGCGUCCGUCGAGAGCAGCUGUGAGGCGGCGUCCUCUGCCGAAACGUGUGCUUCCUCCUCCUUCCCCGGCUGGAUCAAGAGCCCCGAGAGAGGCCUGACGGUCCCCGCUGGUCUCAACUUCUCUCCCAUCAACUCCAACCUUAGGGACCUCACCCCCUCGCACACCCUGGAGCCCCUGGUCGCCCCCUUUAGGCCGGAAGCUGCGGCGGGGUCCGUGGCGGGGGCAGCGUCUCAGCCACCCUUCAGCGAGGGGCAGGGGCCACUCUUCUACCCCUGCUCCGAAGAUGCAAGCGCGGUCGGCUUCUCUCGCGCUCUCAAUGGGGACGCCGCUUGCGAGGGGGUGGGUUCGGCGCAGAAUCCCCCACAGAAGAAGAAGGUGUCCCUGUUGGAGUACAGGAAGCGACAGCGUGAAGCUCGCCGCAGCGGCUCCAAGACGGAGUGUAGCUCCCCGUUGUCCACUGUACCCCCCAUGACCAUGGACACGUUCCCUGUUGCCGUGGAGACCAACAGUGAGACCGCCUUACCUCCGCCACCACCACCUCCUCCUGCGGCUCUCAAGGAACCUCAGACGACGACGACGACGGAGGAGGUGGAAAGCACGGGAGAAAAGGAGGGAGGAGAGGGGCAAUGGACAUCGUCCACGUCCGUGGAGCAAGCUCGGGAACGAAGCUACCACAGAGCGUUGUUACUCAACAAAGACAAAGAUGCAGAUGGAGAAGCUGAAGGUGGAGAGGCACCCGCACCCAGAGACUGUCCAUCUCCAGGACCCCAGAAGACUCCAACUCAUGCUCCGGGCUCUCCUGGACCUGCGCUGCCCUCCUGCUGGCCCACGAAGGAGGACGACGGCGACAGUCAGCCUCGAGCGACCAACCCCACCCUGCAGCCACCCAGCAAGCCCAAAUCGGCCCCGGUCACCCCAACCAAGAUGCACCCGGCCACCCUGCCUUCCUCACCGGUGCACUAUCCGGGACCCGCCCUCCUCCAUGCCCAGUCUCAGGGCUCGCCGUUCCGCAGCCAGAGGGCGCUGUUCUCCCAGCCUCAAAGUCAACCCACGCCACAGGCCCCGGCGCCGUCGUACCCCCCAUACAACACGCAGGGCACCCCUCCGCCGCCCCCGCCUCCUCCACCGGCGCCGCCGGUGUCUUCUGCCUACUUUCCCAGUCAGACUACCCCCGCUGCGGGUCCCUUCCCUGGGUUCAAACCUGCGGUCUCAGCCCCUUAUCCUUCUGGCUCUCAGCCCAUGAUGCAGACUCUCCCUCACAGCGUGCACUACCAGAGCUCAGUGGCCCCGCCUCCCCCGCCCCCGCCGCCCCCGCCCCCUCAUCACAUGACCAGCCCCACCCUGCUGCACGUCAACCUGCAGCCCCCACCCAUCCAGCAGCACCAGCUCCUGCUGACCACCGCCCCCGCGUUGCAGCAAGGCCAGCCCCCGCAGUCUCUCACCCCUCCUCCCCCGCCGCCCCCGCCGCCCCCAAACCCGUCCGGCGGCGCCCACCACUUUCAGAACUUGAGUGGGUUCCAGACGGCGUUGCUACACCCCACUGCCACUGCCAACCCCCCGGCGCCCUCGUCCUCGUACCCCACCUCCCUUCAACAAGCCGGGCUGCCUCCGCCUCCCCCUCCUCCCCCGCAACAGACUCAGCAAGGCGCGGCCCCGGCCGCAGCCUCUCAGAUGCCCUCUGGCACCCGUGGAGCCCCCACCUCCUCGACGCCCUUCCACAGUCCGGGUUACCUGAGCACAGGUUGGCACUGAACUCAGCCUGAAGAGGAUGUGUGGGGGCGGGGGGCGGGGGGGCGUGUACCUUUUAAAGUGUAGAUAUGUUUUCUAUGGCCAGUGGAAAAACAGCUGAUUGUUGGAUAAAUGGGUAUUUAAAAAAGAAAAAGAAAAAAAGGACUGACAUAAAAGACAAAUCUUACAAGAUGGACGACCCCCCCUCCCCUCCCACAUGUCCUUUUUUAUACAGCCUUCCUUCCUGUCACGGGUACGGGAGGGGUUCACUGUCAUGUGUCUUGUUUGGGCUCCCGUUGUUCGACCCCCCCGCACUUUGUUUGUUUAAUGGACAUUCCAGCCUAUAGCACCCCUCCCCCCGACCCCCCCACUCCUCUUCGCUUGUCUGUCGUCCCUUUUGUUUUAUUUGUUGAAGCUAGCGGCGCGUUAGAGCAAACUGAAAGCUUUGUUUUGUAUAGACAAGAAGAAAAAACUCUUAUUUUUUUUAAUUCCGCUGUCUAACAACAAAUAUCAGUUCACUGCUGCAGCGAUGGAGAGGGGGCCCGCCUCACCACCUUGGGGGAUGCCUGUGCGUGUGUGUGUGUGUGUGUGUGCGCGCGCGAAUGUGGUCCUCUGAGGCUGGUCCGGCCGGCAGUUGGGACGUUAGCAGUUUUAUUUUUGGAUAUCAGGCGUGACUUGUAGAAAGUGUAAUUUAAUGUAUAGGUGGUUACUCCAGCUUUCACCGGGAAACGUAAAUAUUGGCUUCGUUUUCUUUUCUACGCUUGUACAAUUCGCUCCCAUGCCCCCCCCCACCCACCCAUUUUUUUUGGAAAUAAUGGUUGUACAUACGAACGCUCGUCUUGGCAAAAGCUGAAUGUUUCUGUGACUGUAGCAUAUUUUUUUUAUUUCAACCUUCUCUGGACUUUUGUCCUUUUAUUUUAUUUUUUUUAAUUAUUAUUAUUAUUAUUAUUAUUUGUGUGUGUGAGUGUGUUUGUGGCGAGGGGAGGAGCUCACAGACACUGCACUGGUUGGCUAUUUUCAUGGUUCAUUAUAAUAAAUCACUGUAAUGACAGUUUUAUACGA